AUGUCGACCAAGCUCGCUCUUCUCGCCCUGCUCUCUUCCGCUCUCGCCGUUCCGUUCGAUGCCCGGCACCCAAAAUACCCAGCUGGCAACACCACGGCUGUCAUGCCCACUGGUGGCUAUGGCGGUGAUCACUCUACAGUCGAGCCCACCACCUACAUCACAAGCACCUCAUACAUCACCCAAUUCAUCACCCUGACCAGGCCGCACUCUCCCAGUGCCCCUGAGCAAACCCCCACCCCCACUCAGGAGCAAAGUGUUGACGCCGAGGCUACUGGUGGUGCUGGCAGCGAUUCUGGUGCCAAUCCGGGCGGCUAUGCCAGUCAAGGCAGUCAACAGUGUGGAGCUGUCGUCACUUCAACUGUCAAGCAACAGGUCACCGUCACUGUCACGGCUGGAUCCGCCAACACUCCCGCGCCUGCUCCUCCCGCUGCUCCGUCCGCUCCUGCUGAACCUUCUGUCGCCCAGAGUCCAGUUGCUGCCCCGUCCUUUGCCACCUAUGCUCCCGAGUCAUCUGCCGCCCCGCCCGAAUCUCACGCGCCAGAGGCCACUCCUUCCCCGACUCCAGCUCCAGCUCCGGCCCCAGCUCCGGCCCCAGUGUCCAGCGUUGUCCAGCAGCCAGCCCCCAGCAGCUCCACCGAGGAAGGUUACAAGCCCGCCCCCACAGCUGGUAGCUCCCCCAAGGGUGGCAAGCGUGGUCUCGCCUACAACGAUGCUUCUCUUACGACAUGCUUCAAGGACAACGCAAAGGUCUCUUGGGCCUACAACUGGGAGGCUACUCCCCGCAACCUUGACUCCGCCUUCGAGUACGUCCCAACCAUGUGGGGUAUGAAGUCCGACUUUACCUCCACCUGGAAGGGCUUUGCCGACGCUGCCAUUGCCUCUGGCUCAAAGCACCUCAUGGCCUUCAACGAGCCUGACCUGACGUCUCAAGCCAACAUGUCGCCCGCUGACGCUGCCAAGAACUACCGUACCUACUUCCAACAAUACUACGGCAAGGGUCUCCGUCUAGGUGCUCCAUCCGUGACCAACGGAGGUGGAAACAUGGGCCUGACCUGGCUGGCCAGCUUCAUGAAGGAGUGCUCCGACUGCCAAAUCGACUUUUGCCCGGUGCACUGGUACGACUCCUACCAGAACAUUGACUACUUCAAGAGCCACAUGCAAAAGGCCACCGAGGCUUGCAACGGCAAGCCAAUCUGGCUUACCGAGUUUGGUACCAAUGAUGGUUCUGAUGACCAGAUCAGCGGCUUCCUCAAGACCGUCCUCCCGUGGUUGGACAGCCAGGACUACGUGGAGCGAUAUGCCUACUUCAUGGCCGGCACUGGUGCACGCCAGCUCGUUACCGGAACUGCCGCGAGCACCAUUGGCGCCGUUUAUGGCUCUGCAUGA